GCUCUUGUUGCAGCUGCUAGGGCUGGGGAGAUGGAAAUAAUCCGUAUUAUUCUUGAUAAAGAGUGUGAUACGAAUUACGAUGAAAACAGGAAUGCAGCUCUUCAUGUUGCAGCGACAUUGGGCUAUGUAGAAAUCGCUGACAUGCUAAUAGAAGAAGACGUUGAUGUGGACGCCCUCAAUGAGGAUGGUUUGACCCCUCUUAUGUUGGCAAUACAACAUGGUAAAAAAAAUAUAGUUAAUUUAUUAGUUCGCGAAGGUUGUGAUUUAGAUAUACAG